CUCUGAGACCGAGAAGAAGAGAUUUGUAGUUGCGGGCUUAGAAGUUUUAUUUCUUUGUGGAGUUAGUGUGAAGAAUAGUUUUAUGAGGAAAUGGGAUCAGCCAGCAUCUCCAAUUCCAGCUUAGAACAUGAUAAUUGUGACAACAGUGACACCCAGGUGGUUUUAAAUGUUUACGAUCUCACCCCUGUCAAUAAUUAUACCUAUUGGUUUGGUUUCGGGAUUUUUCACUCCGGCAUUGAAGUUCAUGGUAAGGAGUAUGGUUUUGGAGCACAUGAUUUCCCAGUUAGCGGAGUUUUUGAAGUAGAACCAAGGAGCUGCCCUGGAUUUAUUUACCGAUCUUCCAUCCCAUUGGGUCGCUUAAAUAUGCCUUCCUCUGAAUUCCGGACGUUUAUUGAGUCUGCAGCUUCUGAGUACCAUGGAGAUACUUAUAAUCUCAUUUCCAAGAAUUGCAACCAUUUUACUGAUGAAAUCGCAUGGAGAUUGACAGGCAAACAUAUCCCUGGGUGGGUAAAUCGGCUGGCCCGGAUAGGUGCUUUGUGCGGUUGUCUUCUUCCUGAAAGCCUUCAAGCUACUUCUGUUAAGCAGCUACCUGAGUACCACGAGUGUACGGAAGAUGGUACUGAAUCACUGUCAACAGCCACUCCUCGUGAGUCAAUUGAAAUUGAUGAUGACGGAGAGAAACUCUUGUUGUCACCACCAGCUGGCAGUGGGGAAGUGGCUUUUGUUAAAGAAAGGGAGAAGUGAACUGUGGUUGCUUUCAGGGGAAAAAAUUUGGCCUUUGGACCGAUUGUUCUCAUCUUAAGUAGAUACUUGCUUGGAAUGGCCUGCAUCCCAUUUUUGGAGGUAAAGUUACAGGAGAUCAUUAACCAUUGGUAGCACGCGUGAUUGCUUGCUGGAUGUUGAUUUUUUUCCAAAUUACUCAUUUUUUCAAUCAUUUUUCUUCUCUUUCCCCAUUCUCUUCUUUGGUUUGUUGGGGUGAAGAAUUUGGAACUAGAAAAUAGCUUGUUGUAAUUGAUUUUUUGUACUAGUGUUUUGUAUGAGCUUCUUUGAAGUAGAAACAAUAUCUCAACAACUGUUCAAAUGUUUGAUAUAGUUCAUGAUUUGAAGGCAUAGCCAUUUUCCCAAACUUAUGAAAUGU